UUUUAUAACUUUAAACUCCAUUAUUUUAUUUUAUUUUUUGUAAAAUAGUUUUUUAAAAAUAUUCUAACAGUCAAUACUCUCAUUUUGUGGAUCCAUAUAUUCUCAUGAAUGUCUUUCACUUGUUACACAUUUAGUCCAUUUUAAACAGACUUUUGACAAUUUUUAUAAUAUUUAAUUUUGAAAUUAUCAUUCAUUUAACGUUUCUAUUUUAAUGUUUCAAUUUUAAGAUGUUAAGUCCCUUGGUUAACCUGAGAUUAUCAGACCUAACUGGGAGGGCUGACAUUAACGAUGAUUAUACUGACAUGCUUCUUGUGCUCAGAAAACCUGAUAAUUUCUUCAAAGACACUUCUUACGACUCUGACGUUGUCAUAAAUGUCCAUAGUGGUGUUCUGAGGGUUGCCUCAUCUUAUUUUAACGAGGCAAUAGACUCUCUACUUGAAAAGAAAUCUAAAUCUAACGAUGAUUUGAGUAAGAAUGGGCCUUUACAGUUAGUUGUCGAUACUGAAUAUCCGGCAGUGGUCAAGCGUAUAAUAUACUACAUUUACAAGAAUGAUUACCAGAGCAUGAAUGAAGACCCUAGUUCCCUGAUUCCAUUAUAUGUAGAAAGUGCUCGGUUUAACCUUGUAGAGCUCAAAAACAGUGUUGUUAAGUUGAUAAGGUCCCAGGCAUCUCUUGAAGACCUUGCAAAUCUAGCCUCAGCGGCUGAGGUAGCUGAGGAGUUUGAGCUUGCACAAGAAUGCGGGAGAAUACUUGCAGAUUCAUCAUACGCCGUUUUUUCAAGCGAUUUGUAUUUGAGACUUGGAUUUUCUGCUUUGAAAACGCUGUUGCAGAGUGAUAACGUUCAGUUGGAUGAGGUUCAAGUUUUCGUCUCACUAUGCCACUAUUUGGACAGUAAAAAGAACCUAAACUCGCCUUACAGUUCUUCACAAAUAGGACCAAAAGAAAAGGAACUAAUAAAGCAUGUAAGGUUCUGCUCAAUGUCACCCAAGUCUCUGUCCGAGUUUAGAAGAGAAUCAGUAAACACCUUUUUACUGGAUGCUUCAUUGAGGAUUUUAAAUAAAACCCAGAUGAAGCCCAGAGUUUUUCCAUGGAUGGAAAACGCAGAGUAUAAGACUAUUUGUUACAACGGGUUAUUUCCCAUCAUGCUGGUCAGAUCUGGAAAGUUUAAACUAUCGAACCUGGAUCACGACUCAAGUAACUGCAGAUUAGUAACACCGAGACUUGAUACCAAGGAUCAAAAUGAUUCUUACCCAGCUCACACCCAUGGAGUUGAAAGAGAGGGUUGUGAGUUGUUUUGGGCUUUUAAAGUGUCUAGAACAUCUAGUGGCAGGAUAGGUCUUGGACUAACUAUUAACUCCGAUAAACCAUUGGAUGAACUUUCUAGGGGAAUAUUCUCAAAAAUGCCCAAAUCGCGGAAAGUCGCAUUCUUCUACGAUUUCAGCCAAAACAAGUUCAAAUCUGGCUACAUCGAUGACACCUCAGUUUUGGACAUAAAGAAUUUGUGGACCUACGAAUCUAAUAUGAACAGAGCUGUCUAUAAGUUAAAGACCAACGAUGUGGUUUACAUCAGAGUACAUGUUACAUUCACCUGCGUCAACUUUACAAUCUCAGUGGCAAACACCAACUUUAAUGAAAAGUUCACCAUACCAGUUGGCUCAAAAAGGAUGAUUGGAAAUUCAAUUAGACGUCCUGGUAUAUUAACAUCACCAUUUAUUGUAACAUACGAUGUCGGAGACUCACUCUUAUUACCUGAACUUACUUCUAAACUCAUUAUAGCAUAAUCUAAUACUCUAUU